AUGAGUGUCCACAACUCACCCCGUGGCUCCUUCGAGGAGGAAGCGCCUCUACUGUCGCCGACCGAGUCUGAUUUCUCAAUCCCCUCACUACUUGGGUCUCCCAGGAAGGAAAAGAAGCCCUGGAUCCUCCUGUGCGUGCUGGUCUUCGUCCUUGUCGCCAUCAUCGAUGUAGGUGCGUUCCUGGCCGAACCUCCCAAAACACGUGUCUACGAAGCCAAUAUCUGCGUCCACUACUACGAGCAACACGAUCCCAGCAAGAUAAAAGCCGAUGGCACGGUCAAGGAGACGCUGUGUAAAGGCAAUGAGAUACAAGACAAGAUGGCUAUGAUCUUUGGGUGGCAGGACCUAUGGGACAGCAUUCCAGGCAUCCUGCUAGCUGUGCCGUAUGGAACGUUGGCAGACAAAUUCGGCAGGAAGUGGAUAUUCGCGCUGAGCUUGGUGGGAUUGCAAUUGAACUCGAUGUGGAUUCUGUUCAUCUGCUACUUUCGCAGCCUCCCGCUGCAGUUGACGUGGUUUUCGUCCGUCUUUUACGUCGUUGGAGGUGGACCAAUUGUAGCCACGGCUAUCGGAGUUACCAUGGUCUCGGAUAUUGUGCCCCCAGAGAAACGGACGUCCAUCUUCCUGUAUCUCACUGCUGCGGUGCUCGUCGCAGAACUAGUAGCUCCACUCCUUGCUGCUGAGCUCAUGAAGAGAGGGGACUGGUUUCCUCUCCUGCUUGCUCUCGCAAUUCAACAAGUAGGAAUAUCUAUCGCUGCAUUCUUUCCAGAAACACUACAUCUCCGAGACUCGCCAGAACCGGCAGAUGACGAUGGCAGCAUCGAGACUGAACCACCAACAACAUACAACCCUAGCUUUAAGGCACAGCUGGGCCACUUCCGGGAUGCGAUGAAUUUCUUGAAGCGCGAUGCCACCCUCGCUCUUGUCAUUUUUACUUUCUUGGCGAGUCGGUUGGGAAGACAGGCGUUGGUGCUCCUGCUUCGAUAUGCAUCUAAACGGUACAAUUGGACGAUCCAAAAGGCCGCAUACCUGCUGUCUUUCCGGGCAGCCACCAAUCUGGUUGCCUUGACCGUGUUCGUGCCAAUUGUGAACUUAAUCCUCCUCAGACUAGCCCGUAUGCCGGCUCAUCAUGCGGAUAUGUGGAUCGCACGGGGUAGUAUCGUUCUUACCACCAUCUCUAUGCUCGUCAUGGCGGUUGCUACAACUCCUGCUCUUCUUGUAUUUGGUCUUCUCAUCUACAAUCUCGGUACUGGUUACGGAGCCGCUAUGCGCAGUAUCUCCAUCCAUGCUGUGGGUGGCCAAGCCAGUCCCGACAUUGCGAGAAUGUUCUCAGUUAUUGCAAUUAUGGAGGGAAUCGGUGCAUUCGUCGCAGGGCCACUCCUCGCAACAACGUUCCAAUGGGGCAUGGAUCUGGGAGAACCUUGGAUUGGCAUGCCAUUCCUAUUCGCAGGUAUCAUCUUCAUUGUCGUUACCGCUGUUACUUUCAUGAUUGGUGCAAAAAACACGAUGGUAGUCCACGCUGAGGAUCCCCCCAAUGAGUCUGACUCCGCUGUCUCGUUCUCAAUAUCCCCCCGUGAAGCUAGUCCUACGCCGGCCUGA